AUGAAUGGAGGGGAUUCGGGCUGGAGUCGUGACGAAGUAUCGUCACAGUCUCAACCGCAAUCCCGAAAUGAGAGUGGGCCCCUUGACGAUGCGCAAAGCAUCUCUCAAUCGAUCGGCCUGACGAGCGGCAUUAGCAUCAGAAGAGAGGGCCAAGGGCCGACGCGCAGAAAAGGCGCCGAGCCGCCGGAACGGCGCAACGGAGCCGACAGCGCGAAGGAGGACAGGGCGGACCGGCCGCCAUGGCCGGUAUGGGCGUGGUCCAGAACAUCUCGGCGUAACAAAGCUACAUCAGCAUUCACCGAAGAACUGUGCUUGGAUCAAGGUGUGCUGGACGAGGCUAACAUUUCUGGACUACCCCGGACGUGUCAUGCUCAGCGCGGUGUGCAGAGGGGCUGGGGAAAUCGGACUGAAGAGCCGAUCGCAAGUGGCCGGCACGGGACCGAGAAAACGGGCAAAGGACACGAGGGGUGUGAGGGCCAGGCGAGGGAGAAGGACAAGGGGCAGGAGGCUGGUGGAAGUGGUGGAUGGGCAGCGUGGGCGGGGUGGGAGAGGCGCGGGGACGGAGCCGGAGGCUUUGGGAAAGAGCGAUUCAAGGAUCAGCGCUGUGGCCCAGGCACCGAGCAAGGCGCAUACUCGGUAGAUCAACCGUUCAGGUAUCCAUCUCGUCUCCUCACCGAACCUGAAUCUCAGCCUUGUGCUGCUCCUGGCGACGUGCCGAACCAUCCAGCCAACCAUGCUGACUCGGGUCAUCCUCGCGCCGCCUCCCCCCACGCUCUACCAGAUGAGGGCCACCCAGCCAAUACCAUCGAUACACCACCGUCUCCCUCUUCCAUAGCAUCUCACUUCACUUCCUCUUCUUCAUGCUCCCCUGCUAGCGACAUGCCUGGCGGCAGGCAGAGUCCACCCGCCGAUCCUCCGGAGCGCGUCUCCCACGUCGCCGUCGACAGCGACUUCUUUGCACCCCCUCCGCCAGCGUACAGCACGCAGCCUCCCCUUCCACCACUCGCUUCCACUACAACCACAUCCUCCUCUUUCGACACCAAGGGCACAGCGGCCACCACGAGCAGCCUGCGGCUCGACUCCAAGCUCAGUAGCAUUUCCGAAAUCGAGAAGGGCGUCUACCAAUCACUGUCCAAACAUGACUGGAUCGACAACGAGCAAAACUCUACCACCAACAGCUCGGAACACAGCAUUCGAUCGAUCAUCCACAAGAACGUCCUCAACCCUAUUCUGACCUUUCUCAGUCCCAAGUUCAAGGACAAGGAAAUCGAGCGGAAGUUCAGGCGCGAAGACAUCUGCGGAGGAUCGGCCGGCUUCUACGGCGUCGCAGACGGAGAAGAGUCGAUAUGCGGACACAAGGAGUCGACGGUCGCGUUCAUGCUCUUCGGAGUCAUCUUUGGCGUGCCGACCCUCGCCGUCAUCGGUCUGCACCAGAACCGCAUCCUGCACAUCGUGUGCGCUGCUGUAUGGAUGAUCCUGUCGGCAGCGCUGCUGCUCCGUAACCCAUCGACGCCGCCGCUGUUCAUCCGGAACAUUGUUAUCAUGUUGAUCUAUCACACGCUGCUGGCGUCGAUCGAUCACUUGAGAGAACGGACGGAUCGACAACUGUUCUCCUCGCAGAACCAGAUCAGGAUGCAGAACAUCGCCAUGCGGGAAGCGCAGGCGAUGGAGCAAAAGGCGCAAGCGACUAAGAAGAGCUUCGUGUCGUACAUCUUCCACGAGGUGCGAGUGCCGCUGAACACGGCGCUGCUGGCGUUGCAGAAUCUCGACGGCGAGGACGUGUUCAGGGACCUGGACAAAGACCAGGCGAUCAUGGUUCUGAACGACGUCCUCUCGCACAGCAGAAUGGAGCAGGGCACGCUUGUGCAGGCCAAGGAGCCCUUUGACUUCCACAAGUCGAUGCACAUUGUCGGGCUCUCAUACCGUUCCCAAUCCGAACUAUCGGGCGUUCGAUUCGAGCUCGAGCUCGACCCCAUGAUCGACAUGGUCGCGCCCGCUUUCAUCGGAGACGAGAUGCGACUGCGGCAGAUCACGAGCAACCUGGUGUCCAAUGCGCUCAAGUUCACUGAGACCGGAGGCACGGUACGCCUCGUCACGAAGCUCAUCUUCCCGCCGCUCGCUAGGACCUCCAACGGUGACUCCGCCAAGGACGGCGGGUCGUAUGAUCUCGUCAUGUCUGACGGAUUACAUCAACUCCGUCGAUCCUUCGAUGUCAGUACUACGACGACCUCCAGGCCCCAGGUUCUCCCGCGCUCCGCGUCUUCGCCCGAGACAUCAACGGGGAACUCGGACAAGGUCGUUGUUCGCGUUGAAGUCCACGACACAGGAGUCGGCAUCAACGCGGCCGAGCUCGUGGACAAUAACCUGUUCUCGCCCUACGUUCAAACGGAGAUUGGACGGAGGCAGGGUGGCAAGGGUUCCGGUCUCGGCCUCGCGCUCGUAAUGCAGAUCAUCAAGCUCUCGAAGGGCCGCCUGGGAGUCGACUCAGAGAUCGGCAAGGGCUCCUGCUUCUGGUUCGAGAUGCCUUACACGAUCCCAUCUGCAGGCGACGAGCUUCCGCAAGAGUCGCGCCACAUUCUCCUCACCAAACCGUCGUUCUUGCACGUCAUGGGCAGCCCUCCAACUGCCAAGGACGGCCUCCCGAAGCGCCGCGAUUCAGUCGCCUCCGCCGACGACUACCUUGACUCUAGUGGCGAGCCUGGUUCCGGAUUCCGUCGCGCGACUUUCAACCACCCCACAAGCAUGGAGGAGAUUACCUCACAUUCCGCCUCUCGCCACACCCGAGCUCAGUCAUCAGGCUCGUUCUUCGACAACAUGCACGGCUCUCAGCUUCCGGCUAUCCCUUCCUCACCUUGUGGCACCGCGUCUCCGGUUGAUCCCCUCGAUGCCGCUGGGGAGGACUUGAAGCGAAUGUCCCAGGUGCCCAGCAAAGACGUCAUAGACAGCUGUCCGCCAGUGUCGAUCGAAACCCGGCGUUCGCUCUCAGUUAGCUCGAUACCCUCACUACCCACACACAAAGCUCCGCACUCUCACCACGCCACGGACAUGCCCACAGACAACUCCAACUCUCCCCCUACACUUUCUCCGGAAUCGCCACCCGUCAUGAGCCGCAAUUCCAGCGACGAGACCGACAUCUUGACUCCGGAGAUGUCGCCGAAGCUCCAUUUAGCGGACCUCUAUCAGCCGCUUACAAACCCAUUGUCCUCGAUGAGCGAGCAGUCCCCUACCACGGAGACGGUACCUUCUACCUCAAGGCACCGGAUGGAUCAGAGGCGAAGGUCGUCUGGACGAUCGCUCUCCGCACUUGUUGUCGACGACGACAGCCUCACGCGCCGGCUCAUGUCUCGCAUGCUCUCACGCUUGGGACACAUGGUGACGACAGUCGACAACGGCAAGAAGGCUGUCGAUCUCAUCCUCGAGAACGCCGCGGAUAAUCCAUUCGACAUUGUCUUCCUCGAUAACCAGAUGCUAAUCAUGACGGGCGUGGAGGCUGUGGCGGCCUUGCGCCAGGUCGGGAACGACACGUACGUCGUCGGCUGCACCGGAAACGCACUGCGCGAGGACCAAGACGAAUAUCUGUCAUCAGGCGCCAAUGCCAUUAUCGCCAAGCCUGUUCACCAGGCGGCCAUCAUCGAACAUCUCGCCGAGGCUAAACGAAGGAGCGACGCGAAGAAUGCAAGAAACGAACACUAA